AUGGCUUCAAUCAAGCACUUCUUUCUCAUGUUUAUUUGUUUUAGUGUUCUCUUAACCUCAGGAUCGGCCGACUCUCAAUUGCACGAUUGCGAUCCCACGUUGAAAAGCGAAGAUUGCAACAAAGAAUGUAAGAGGUUUGGUCAUCCGGGAGGCUAUUGUGGACCUGAUAGAGCUGAACCACUUUUAAGCAUGUGCUAUUGUAAAGAUAAAAAAGCUUAA